UAUCAAAAUAAAGAGUGCACCUAUUCCUACCGGACCCACAGAUAUUUUCUAUAGCGCCACCUGUAGUUUAUAUUUAUUACCCUUGUAUUGUCGAUAAAAUAAAAAAUUAUUUUAUCGCAAUAUGUCCCCACAAAAUUUGAGCGUUUUGGCGUUUUAGAAUAUAGUUUGAAAAAUAUGAUCAAAUAUGGGGGAGAACCAGCAAAGCCGCUUCGAAAAAUCAUUAGGUCUAUUAACGACUAAGUUCGUUAAUUUACUGCAAAAAUCUAAAGGCGGCGUUUUGGAUCUUAAAGUUGCAGCUGAUAUCUUAGCUGUGAGACAAAAAAGAAGGAUAUAUGACAUUACAAAUGUUUUAGAAGGAAUAGGGUUAAUUGAAAAAAGGAGCAAGAAUAGUAUACAAUGGAAGCCCUAUACUUACCGAGAGUUUAGGGAAAGUAUUCCAGGCGAUUCCAGUUCCCAAGAGUUUGCUACCAAAAUUACUCAACUAAAACGGGAGUUGGCAAAACUUGAUGAAUACGAGCAUGAGUUAGAUUUGCAUAAAAUAUGGAUAGAGCAAAGUAUUCGUAAUACUACUGAAGAUCUCAAUACUAAAAAAUUCCUCUAUGUUACUAACGACGAUUUCAACAGUUGUUAUAGUCCCGACAAUACAGUGUUUGUAAUAAAUACCCCAGUAAAUCAGACAACUGUAAAAUUUCAGAAUGGAAAAGAUACAUUCAAUUUGAAAUUAAAGUCAUCUGGUGAUCCAAUUGUAGCACAUUUACUUUGUGAUCAGUCCUUUGAAAAAAACAGUACAGUUUCUAGAAAAAGACAUAAAACGGUUGAAGAGAAUCAAGAAGAACCAGAGAGCAAAAAACAAUUAAUGGAAUAUAAUGAUCCAGAUAUUGCAACAGCUCAGAUACUCUUUAGGAAAUCUCCCACAAGGCUUAGCAGCUGCCCCAUUUCAGAAUAUGAACCAUUUUUACGUUUAAGCCCCAUACCAUUAACAGAAGAUUAUUCAUUUGGACUUUUGGAAGGUGAAGGCGCUUGUAAUCUUUUUGACAUAGCAAAUUAUUGAAAAACCUUAUUGGUACUUUAUUAAUGUAAUUACAUUUAUUUUGAAUUGUUAUUUACAUUAUCGUAUAAAUAUACAUAUGAAGUU